AUGGACAUCGAAUUAGACAAUGUUGACGUUGUUAGUUCAAGUUAUCUUCUAGCAAGAGUUAUAUUGAUAAGUAAGACGAACAUUUUCAUAAAUGUCAGUGUUGAUAUUGAAAUAAUGGUCUGGUGUUCUACUGGAUUCUAUGGUAAAGCUUGCAACGAGACAUGUCCUACUGACAACAUCAAUUGCAACAUUGGACAAUGUAUCGACUUACAUACCAUUAACCAAGAUGCCUCGUCAUUACAAAUAGACUAUCACUGUAGGAAAGGAAUAUGUAAUCACGGUGUAUGCCAGUGUCCAGAUGGUUUUGCAGGGGAAAGAUGUAACGUGGUAUCAAACUAUAUACUUCCUUACAACAAAACGUAUCAUUUUUUGGAUGACAUAACAAGUAAUACAACCUGUGAAGAUGGAUACAAGAACUUCAAUUGCGACGAGAGAGAUUUUUGUUACAAUAAUUUAUGCAAACAUGGGCGUUGUUCAAAUGAUGUGAACAUACAUUCGUGUGUAUGUGAUGACGGUUUUGAAGGAUUGAACUGUGACAGGGACAUUGAUUAUUGCAACACUGCCCCAUGUCAGAACAACGCUACCUGUCUUUAUGAACAAACUAAUUAUACAUGUAUAUGUCGACCAGGAUAUACUGGACUAAAUUGUGAGGAAGAUAUCAAUUAUUGUACAAAUAAUACAUGCCUGAACAAUGCAAUCUGCAUUGAGGAACAAACACACUAUACAUGUAUCUGUCAACCGCGAUAUUCCGGACUAAAUUGUGAGGUAGAUAUCGAUUAUUGUACAACCAAUACAUGUCAGAACAAUGCAACCUGCAUUGAAGAACAAACAAACUAUACAUGUAUCUGCCAACCGGGAUAUACCGGACUAAACUGUGAGAUAGAUAUCAAUUAUUGUACAAAUAUUACAUGUCAGAACAAUGCAACCUGCAUCGAGGAACAAACACACUAUACAUGUUUCUGUCAACCGGGAUAUUCCGGACUAAAUUGUGAGGUAGAUAUAAAUUUUUGUACAAACAAUACAUGCCUGAACAAUGCAGUCUGCAUUGAGGAACAAACGAACAAUACAUGUAUCUGUCAACCAGGAUAUUCUGGACUAAAUUGUGAGAUAGAUAUCAAUUAUUGUACAAAUAAUACAUGCCUGAACAAUGCCACCUGCAUUGAGGAACAAUCACACUAUACAUGUAUCUGUCAACCGGGAUAUUCCGGACUAAAUUGUGAGAUAGAUAUCAAUUAUUGUACAAAUAAUACAUGCCUGAACAAUGCCACCUGCAUUGAGGAACAAACACACUAUACAUGUAUCUGUCAACCAGGAUAUUCCGGACUAAAUUGUGAGGUAGAUAUCAAUUAUUGUAUAAAUAAUACAUGCCUGAACAAUGCCACCUGCAUUGAAGAACAAACAAGCUAUACAUGCAUUUGUCAACCAGGAUAUUCUGGACUAAAUUGUGAGAUAGAUAUCAAUUAUUGUACAAAUAAUACAUGCCUGAACAAUGCCACCUGCAUUGAAGAACAAACAAGCUAUACAUGUAUUUGUCAACCGGGAUAUUCCGGACUAAAUUGUGAGGUAGAUAUCAAUUAUUGUACAAAUAAUACAUGUCAGAACAAUGCAACCUGCAUUGAAGAACAAACAAACUAUACAUGUAUCUGCCAACCGGGAUAUACCGGACUAAACUGUGAGAUAGAUAUCAGUUUUUGUGCAGAUAAUACAUGUCAGAAUAAUGCUACCUGCAUUGAGGAACAAACUAGCUAUACAUGUAUCUGUCAACCGGGAUAUACUGGACUAAAUUAUAUCAAUUAUUGUACAUAUAAUAUAUGUCAGAAUAAUGCAACCUGCAUUGAGGAACAAACAAACUAUACAUGUAUCUGUCAACCGGGAUAUACUGGACUAAAUUGUGAGAUAGAUAUCAAUUAUUGUACAUAUAAUACAUGUCAGAAUAAUGCAACCUGCAUUGAGGAACAAUCAAGCUAUACAUGUAUCUGUCAACCGGGAUAUACUGGACCGAAUUGUGAGAUAGAUAUCAAUUAUUGUACAUAUAAUACAUGUCAGAAUAAUGCAACCUGCUUUGAGGAACAAUCAAGCUAUACAUGUAUCUGUCAACCGGGAUAUACUGGACCGAAUUGUGAAAAUUACACCGAGAUUUGUUCUGAGGAAUCAUGCAAAAACAAUGGCACAUGCGAAGUUAUUGAUGGAGCUUUUAUUUGUCAAUGUCCUUUUGGCUAUACAGGCAAACUAUGUGAAUCUGUAUCAAUUUCAUCUUUACAAACGAGAGACGCUAUAGACGCAGGUUGCACAGGAUCUGGUUGGAAUAUAACUGUUAAUAUAACUUUACUGAAACAACUGGAUCCGGUGAUAGUUCUAAAUAACAUACAUUUUGGGGAUAAUGCGUGUGGUGGCAAAGAAGUCGGGAACUUGUUGUUGUUCCAGCAAGGAUUUCAAGAGUGCCUUACAAAUAAACAGAUAUCUGGUAAUAUGCUACUGUACAUAAAUGAUCUAUUCUACGUGAUUUAUGAUCCCAUCAACCCGUAUAUAAUUCGACGACACGAAUGGACGUUCACAGUUCAGUGUGACGUCGAUAGGAAUGAGGCAGCGUCAUCGCACGUUCAUCAUGACGCCAACACACAACAUAUAGAAGUUUCUGGUCAAUAUCGGAUAGAUUUGGCUUUUUAUAAAGACGUAAAUUUCAUGCAAGAGUUACCAGGAAAUCCGCUACAUAUUAAUCUUGGAGACGACAUUUAUGUUAAAGUGUACACUAUGGCAAACGACUGGACAACAAAAAUGAGGCUACACACAUGUUACACGACGCCAAAUGACGCCGCGGGAAAGAAUAUGACCUAUUUCAUCAUCAAAAAUGGGUGUGAGGUUGACAGCAAUACCCACAUUAUAUCACAGUCGACACACGAGACCAAAUUUGUAUUCCAAGAUUUUGAAUAUUCCACCAAUCGGGAAGGCUUAGAUAUCCACUGCAACGCUACUUUCUGUGAUACAAAAGACUACUCGCCCGGAUGUGCCCAGUCCUGUGUAUUACCUUGAACUAUUUAUUGACUGAUUCUAUUUUAUCACAUUUUGAUUAGAUUCUAAUAUAUAUUAUAUGUGUAUGAAUGAAAAAAAAUAUUUUUACAAAAAAAAUGAAAUAAUAUGGCUGUGUUUGUGUAGUAUGAUGUGGAAAACAUUUUUCUAAUACAUCAGAUUCUUUACUCAACUGAUGAUUAUCACACUUAACAAACUUGUUUGCUAUUUCGUCAGCUGAAACAGUUUAAUAUGCUCUCUUAAAGGAACUCAACUGAGGUCCAAAAGUUUAAAAAGUAUAAAAUUUGAAUUUCUUAUUUAGAACAUUUGAGCAUAUCAAACAAAAGGGUAUACAAAUGAUAAUGAAGAAUUAUUCUCAAAU